AUGGACCCUUGUGGUCUCUUCAUGAGUGGCAUCCAUGUGUCCACCAAGACUAUUGAGGCCAUGUUUGGCAUUGCAGUGGUCGUGGUGAUGUGCCUUGAACUCUUCAGGCGCCCACUUGAUAGCUGGCACGGAGAAUUUCUUCAGUCAGCUGGUAAGUACAAGAAACUAUUGCGCGAAUGCGCCCCAGAGGCAGCUGGCGCUCUAUGCUGUGUUGUUUUGGUUGCCAUGCUGCGAUUUCGCGGCGAUACAAUUAGUGGAACGCUCGACGCGCAUUCCCUAGAGGCUUGGGAAAGCAUCAAGGCGCAGUGGCCAGUGCUCAUGACUGCGGAUACCUUGCUGGCUAUCCAGGCCAUGUUGAGAUUAGUAGUCGUGCUUUCAGCAGUUCUUCGUUCAGGCGCGCGAAUCAAUUCUCCUUUGCUGGAGGAAUGCUCCGCGCUGUGGUUUGGUGGCGCCGUAGCACGUUGCUUUGUGCUGAAGCAGAGCCAGGCAUAUUGGUUGGAGGGGCCCGUAGGUGGCUUGCUUCCAGCAGCCCUUGACGCAUCACUUGUGCCAUUACUUUUUCUUCUUGGUCAUAGUGCCAUGCGUCGAUCUGGGACCGCAAUUCUUUUGGUCUCUGGUUUGGUUGCUGUCUUCUCGCACCGCAACAAUCUCAAUCUAGCAGAGGAGACUGAAGCAAACAUCCUUUUCACUGCCGUGCAUUGCUUCGAGUUCCUCUCUGCUUUGCUUUAUGCGGGGCGCACUAUGCUGCUGGGUGGCGACGGCCAGCCUUCUGUGACCUUUAUGCAUUUGGUCAUGGUCAUUCAACAGAGCUUGGCCACAUACUUUUGGUUGCAGGCCUUCGACGCAGAUAUGAACGUGAAUGGAUCAGGGCUUGGAAUAUGCGCCAUUCAGAUCAGCUGCCUUGGGCAGCUUUGUGCGUAUCUUGCUGCAGCAAGCUUGCACGCAGCCACGUUGGCUUUGCAGGAUGUACCAGUUCACACAAGCGUCUGA